CGCUUCUCUUGGUCGGCCCCGAUCCGUCGUCCGGAAAAACUACCUUGGGUCUAAUUAUGAGAAGUGCCUCUUGUUCUUGCUAGGUCAGUAGUUUUACGGUCGGCCAUUUUCUAACUUCACGAUCACGGAAAUCCUCGAUGCGCUGCAGGUGUUUCGCUGUGCAGAGAAAUCCAACUUUCCAUUUAACGGGUUUAAUGGAUUGCGAGUACGAUUGAUAUUCAUGAACGACUUGAGGCUCAGCAAUUCUUUGAGUCCCCCAACCCUCCUCCCGCUCAUGGAGGGGGAAAGAUGGUUUAAGCUUGAUUAUGGUUGCCAGUUGAGCUUGGUGGUAGUAAUUGUUGACGAGUUAUCCAAUUGCUUGUACUUACAAGCACAAGGAAACAACAAUUUUACUACUCACCUCUCAUACCUCACAAAAGGGCCUUCUUGCUGUAAGCAUUGGCCCGUACCGCAAAUGGUUUAUAAUUACCAGUAAUUACAUCGAAUGCGACGACGGCAGCUGGCGCAGAAAGGACAUAGACGCAUUUUACAGCCGCUGCGGCGUCAUCGUGGAAUUCAAAAAUUAAGACUAUCUUACUUUUUCACGUGCUGUUGCUUGGAUUUGCAAUUGCAAAAUGGUGCAACAGCUCACACUGAGAAAGCGGUAAUUCUAUAACCCACCGCUGUCCCCUGAAUUUCGAGCUCUCACCCCUCCGUCCUUCGAAAUCAGUCAUCCGUGCGCCCGUUGCUCUGCAGAAUUCCUGUGCGACUGCAGAGUUGAAAGGGAUAAGCAUCCAGAACAAGCUGAACGCGCCAUGCGGCACCGCAAAGGGAAGGUUUACGACGAUCACCCCGCACUAGCUCUGUCUGACCAAGAAAAAAAACAACUUGCGCUUGAUAUGAGCAGGGACUUAGCAAUUCUCGACUCAGAGAGAAAGACACAAGAAAAAUCACCGACUAAUUCAGCACUGAUGCAGAGACGGCGCUUAGCUGUGAAAAAUAAUGAAUACUUGGACGAACUUCCUGAGAAUGGCUUUGAUGCACUUCGGCGCCGCAAGAAGCCACUGAAUAGCGAAAGUACUACUACUACAACUACAGCAACAUCUUCAACCGCCAACAAGCACGAGAUACUAAUUAAGGAGGAGCUGUAUGCUGUGAAGACGCCAGAACUUGAAACUGAUGAAUUCCGACCAGUUGAUAACGCUACUCCAAUUGAUGACUUUGAAGGUCCCCAUGGUUCUACUCAAAAUCCCAACUGCGUCUGAUACAAUAUAUUUUGAUGAAAUUGACAAUAUGGAUUCCUAAAUUAUAUUGGAUAUAUAGCUAUACUAACUAGAAAAUUUUUUAAUGGAGAGUGAAACGUUUUUUCCAAAAUAAGAACACUUUUGUUACACAGAGGUAUUACCUGAUUUGUUUUCCAAUAUGUGGCUGUGUGGAUUGUGAAUAGUCGUUGAGCCAGAAUUUUGGACUGUCCACCGUGGAACCUUCGCGAUUGCAAUUGCCAGCGGGACGUAUCAACGAAUGAGCAACGCCUGAGUGACGAGAGAGUACACAAGAAGAGAGCAAGGAGGGUGUUGAUGCUGAGAAUUUUCACUUGAUCCAAUUUUUAUGCUGUGUCACCAUGAGAGACUUUUCCUAAUCCAUGACAAUAGAUUAUAAGCUUACGCAUCUUAAGUUUCCUUCCGUCAUAAUCUCUGAAUAAUCAUUUUCUGCUUC